UCAAUUUUACAAACCGCACUCAAAGAGUCCCACUAACGCCAACUAACAUCGUCCCUCGUUUUAGCUCCAUCAUCAACGACAACGGCGACGUCCCCAACGGCCGUCAACAGCAGCCUGAUGGAGCCAACCAUCAAGAUCGAAGAGGACAGCGUCGAAUUCGACGAGUAUGCCUUCUACUCGGCACACAACGUCGUCAAGACCGAUGGUGACGCUGGCGGUGGUGACGACAGUAGCGAGGAUGACAAGCAGGGCCUGCUGCUUCCGGUCAAACCGAAACGAUCGGCCGCACGGUUACAGAUCGAAGAUCUGUUCCAAAUCUCCAGCGUGUGCAGUCAGAACCGGAACCUGCUGAAGCAACCGUUUCCCAUCCAGACGGUUAACGAGUUGAACGAGCUCGAUACGUUGCUGUUGGGCAAUCCGACGUUUAUGGAAAAAUGCGCACAAAUGCUGCACAACGCCAUCCAAAACGAAGCACUGGAAAACGUCACCGGCCACAUGCGACUGCUGCUCGAAUUUGCCAUCGAUUACUCGGUCCUGCUGAAGUACAGCUGGUUUGGAUUUCUACCGCGGUCGCCGAUUGCCCGCGGAAUGGGCGAACAGCAACCGUUUCGCAAUCUGAUCGGCGUUAUCCACCUGUUGCAUCGAGCCCGACGGCUACGCUUCGGCAAGUGCAGCCUGGAGGAAAUCCACGAGGGUAUCGAGAAGUUCCUGAAGCGAAAGCUGCGCUGCCAUGCGCUGUUCGUCAAAAAGCAAAACUACGUCAUCCAAGGGAUGGGGUAGAGUACGCUCUCUGUUGAAAAUUUUCCCACUGCGUAUACCAGGGAAGGAUCGUAACGGAUGCCAAAACACACAUGAAUCUUAAUGCUAGUCCUAGGAAAGAUAUUUAUUGAAAACGCUAACUAACCAAACGGGCAAAGAACCACGCAGAAUUUAUUCUUAGUUGUUUUUUUUUUCAGUGCUACAGUAUUAAGGAUACUCUUCUACAUAGAAUUUAGCGCAACACACAAGAUGCCAUAUGUACUCUCGUUCGUUUCCAGUAAGGACGAAUGAGCGCUUCAAAAGCGCACAACUCGGCUCUAGUCAGUUCCAAGCCAAACCAGAAAAAAGCGAUUGUGGAGGAAACGAUGUUCAGAAAGGCCAAAUAU